CAAUAUUACUACUUCUAAUACCACCGUCACUUCCACCACGUCUACUUUAUCUACCACCACGAACACUGCUGCUGCUACUACUGCUACUAUUACUACUUCUACUAUUAGCUGCAGCACCACCAUCACCAUACCCCCCCCCACUACCGUCACCAUACCAUCACCACCACCACUUCCGCCAUCACAGCUACAUCCUACCACCGAAACUGUCUAACAUAAUAUCGACGCUGUUAGCUAUCUUUACAUUUACCUGAACAGGUAACUUACAAUUAAAUCAGUUUUGCUGAAGAGAGCAAGGAUGGAUCUUUUGUUCUCGGUGUUAUGGUUUCUAACCACAGCUACAUGCAUUACAUCUGUUACAGGCAUGUUAACCACCAAAUCUCACGUACAUAUUUUGCCGACUGCAUUUAUUGAUGUCCAUACAACAGAUACCAUGGGAAUUGCAGCAUUGUCUGAUCACCUCAGCAGCGAAAGCUCGAACCGCGAUAAAGAAUACGCGAAAAAUUAUUUCCGAAAAAUAUUGAUUAGUGAUGUUGAGACAGCCACACCAAACGUCAGUUCUAGAUUUCGAAAAACUCAAUCGAAGCGAAUCGUUUUUCCCGCCGAUCCUCCAAUCGAAACAUUUCGCAGUAUUGUAGAGGCCGGGACGUCUCUGAGACGCAACAGAGUGAAACGUGGUACGCAACAGCCAAGGAUAAAGUCUGCUGCAAAUCCGGCGAUGUCUAAAAGAGAUAGAUUUACUGCCGGUGAAAUCAACGGAAUCAAUGUUAGACCGUGGACAAGGAUUAUUUAUCCAAGUGUUAAUCCAAUUCAAAGAUUCUCAGAAUCUGGCUGGUUAAUUCCUUACAAAGAUCACAAAAUAAAUUCAGGAAGAACAGAAUCAAAAAGAGAAAAAGUUGUACUUGAUGUAAAACCUUCAGGAAUAUUUCCUGGUGAUAAUAUUCAAAGAACUUUUCCAAUAUCUGAUGUAGAUAAAAGGAAUCGAAAGAACAGUUGGUUGAGUGAGAAUUCGAUAAGGAUUUCUUUGUACUCUGAGCCUGAACCAGAGCCUUCAGCUACUGAACGAAGAAGGUUACAACCUGCAGCUGAGCAAAGAAAUACAAAUCCCAAAUUAGAACUAAGGAGUCCUUACACGAAACCUGAAGGAAAAAUUGCAAUCCCAGAGUUACAGCAAAAAUAUGCAAAUCAUGAGACAAGACAAAAAAAUCUACACUCCGAGCCUCAACGAAAAUAUCCAUAUCAUGAGCCUGAAAGAAGGAUCUUGCGUCCUGAGCCUGCGCGAAGAAAUCCAUUUUCUAAGCCCGAACGAAAAAAUCCAUUUUCUGAGCCUGAAAGAAGGAUCUUGCGUCCUGAGCCUGAGCGAAGAAAUCCAUUUUCUGAGCCUCGGCUAAAGAAUUCCCAACCUGAGCCUGAAAGAAGGAACUCUCGUCCUGAGCCUGAACAAAAUAAUCCAUUUUCUGAACCUGAAAGAAGGAGCUCUCGUCCUGAGCCUGAACAAAAAAUCCAUUUUCUGAACCUGAAAGAAGGAACUCUCGUCCUGAGCCUGAAAGAAGGAACUCUCGUCCUGAGCCUGAACAAAAUAAUCCAUUUUCUGAACCUGAAAGAAGGAACCUCCAUCCUGAGCCUGAGCAAAGGAAUCCAUUUUCUGAGCCUAAGCGAAAGAAUUCACAUCCUGAGCCUGAAAGAAGGAACUCUCGUCCUGAGCCUGAAGAAGGAACUCUCGUCCUGAUCCUGAGCAAAGGAAUCCAUUUUCUGAGCCUGAAAGAAGAAAUCCGCAUUCUGAGCCUGAACGAAAGAAUCCGUUUGCUGAGAUUAAACAAAGGAAUCCAUUUUCUGAGUCUGGGCCCCCACAUUCAAUCCCUGAAAAUAAGCAGAGAAAUCUUCGCCCUGAGCCUGAACGAAGAAAUCCUUAUCCGGAAUCUGAGCAACGACAAUCAAACCCUGAACCCGAACGAAAAAUAUCCAGAGCUGAAAUAUUUACCAAACUACACUCUGUACCUUCAAGAAGCAACCACAGAACAGGACCAGAACAAACUCCUCAAACUAAAACUAAAUUGAGGGCAUCGAGAAAUAGUUUCUGGAACGAGAAAAUUCCUGAACAAGGCAGAAUAACAGAGAGCAUCACAGUUCCUCUACCGAAACUAAAAAGUGGCUUCAGCGAUCAAAUCAAAGAAUUCGAUUGGAAAGCUCCGGUAGUUUGGCCUCGGUUGAAAAUAAAUCCAAGUCAUUCAUUCAAUAGGAAUAACCAUGGACCGUUUCCUUGGUGGCAGGAACGCGUACAGCAGUCGAUGUUGUCAACAGUAAAGCCCUUCACACAGAGACAGAGGUCAGACAUUCGACCCUCGACUGACGAUUCUUCCCGUAAUUUCCGGCAACCAGCUCGAAAUAAAAUAGCUCAAAGAACAUCGAACCUAAGGGCAGAAAGGUGUGCCAUGCUUGUGGCAAGAGGUGACUGCAACUUUUAUAGGUGUUUUGAUGAAACGCAUACCUGUCCUGCUGACCAAAACUUUGCUUUUAAUGUUGGUAAUCACUUGUGUCGCCAGGUGGAGUCAUUCAUCAACUUUUUCGAUGAAAAGAGUAAAGAAUAUUUGCGAAACGUAAAGAGAUGUCAUAUGGCAGCUUUUAUCCCGACCCUCAAAUCCAGUGCCCCAACUUGCUCCCAGAUAGAGGUAACUGGGUUUGACAUACUCAACGGAGGAAUCCUUCCAUUAAAUCAUGUCGAUAAGAGCUGCUUCUUCCAACAUGGGGCCUUCUGCCGCUUGAUAGAAGAUCCUCAGAAUACUCAACUGUUCUAUGACUUGUACGGAGGACACGGCUACACAGAAUACAGAUUGUUUGUCCAUUUUGUGAAGUUACUGGAGCAUUGCUCUCAAACAGCCAGGCAAAGUUUUAAUAAUCAUUACGCCAGUAAAUUUGUUAUUUACGAUGAGUUUGAAUAAAUGAAAAGAU